AAUAAGGCUCCUCAGCAUAUCAAGUAUCAGUAUAACAGAAGGACUUAUUCGCUGUGGGAAGUUUGCAGAACCUUACAGCCAGUCUGCGCCACCAGGACGCUCAACUUCUUUUCGGCUUUUCUGAGGUGUAAAGUCUUCCGUCAUCAUGUCUGAUACUGAAGUAGAUCAGGUCGAGGAUUACGAGGGGGAAGCCGAAGAGGUAGUGGAGGUAGAAGUAGCUCCCGAGGCAGAGCCAGAGCCUGAGCCUGAGCCAGAACCCGAGGUAGAACCAGAACCUGAGCCAGAACCAGAACCAGAGGUAGAACCAGAACCUGAGCCAGAGCCUGAGCCUGAGCCUGAGCCAGAGGUGCAGGAAGAGGCCUAUGAAGAGGAAGUCGAGGAGGGAGAACAAGAUGAGGAGAAGCCAAAGUUCAAGCCCAGUGCCCCCAAAAUCCCUGAUGGCGACAAAGUUGACUUUGAUGACAUCCAGAAGAAGCGUCAGAAUAAGGAUCUUAUUGAGCUGCAGGGUCUGAUCGAUAAUCACUUUGAGCAGAGAAAGAAGGAGGAGGAGGAGCUCAUUGCUCUCAAAGAAAGAAUUGAGAAACGUAGGGCUGAGAGGGCUGAGCAGCAGAGGAUUCGUGCCGAGAAGGACAAAGAGCGUCAGGCGAGACGUGAGGAGGAGAGGCUGAAGAGGGAGGAGGCAGAUCAAAAGAAGAAGGCUGAUGAGGAGGCCAAGAAGAAGUCCGCCCUGUCCAGCAUGGGCUCAAGCUACAGCAGCCAUCUGCAGAAGGCUGAAGGAAAGAGAGGCAAGAAGCAGACAGAGAGAGAGAAGAAGAAGAAGAUCCUGGCUGACAGGCGCAAGGCUCUCAACAUUGAUCAUCUGAAUGAGGACAAACUGAAGGAGAAGGCUAAGGAGCUGUGGGACUGGAUGCACCAGCUGGAGUCUGAGAAGUUCGACCACAUGGAGAAGCUGAAGAGGCAGAAGUAUGAGGUCGUCUCUCUGCGAAACCGCAUUGAUGAGCUGCAGAAACACAGCAAGAAGGGAGCUGCCACCCGCCGCAGAAAGUAGACUGCCAGCUCAGGAGGAUGAGGCGCCGGCACGUGACCACCAUGCCAGCCGGAUCUCUGACCCGCCCCUCGUAGCGGCCCAGAAUGCACCUCGACCCAUAGCACAGAAACGACCGGCAUCGGAUGCCUUGGCAUCUCUUUUGUGUUGUGUGAAAUCCCUCCUACAGGCCUCAAUCUGGAAUUAUAGUAGUAGUCGCCUCUGACCUGCCUCACCCAGGACUGCUGUUAGGUUCUCAAGGUGUUUUUUGUAAAUAACGUUUUACUCUUCAGCUAUGUCUGUUGCCCUGCUGCUGUUCGCAGUACAAUAAAAUCCUUCUUCUUAAAACCA